AGCUGAUAACUUAACCUCAAAAUUCCAGCGUACACGCACACGCAGGCGCAGAUCCUGUUUUUUGAUUGAUAUAUAAGGCUGUGGCAGUACAAAGGAAACAUCUCAAGUAGUUUUUCUGGAGUCACGGUGGCAGUGGCAUUUGAAACAUGGCAGACGUCAUUGAUUGUAAUUUUCCUGUUUGGGCCCUUCUGCCUAAAAAAGAAACUGGUGUCACUGACUUUCUUACCAAAUAUCCAGAAUAUGACGGCCGAGGAGUUGUUAUGGCAAUUUUUGAUUCAGGAGUUGAUCCUGGAGCUCCUGGUAUGCAGAUAACUACACAUGGAAAACCAAAAAUCAUUGAACGAUAUGACUGUAGUGGAGCUGGGGAUGUAGACACCAGCAAAGUUGUACAAGCACCCCUUGGAUACAUAAAUGGUAUAACUGGACGUGAAUUAAAGAUUCCAGCCAGCUGGCAAAAUCCUACUGGAAAAUAUCACAUUGGAGUAAAAAAUUUAUAUUCAUUAUAUCCAGGAAAAUUAAAAGAAAGAGUAGUAUUAGAACGGAAGAAACGACUGUGGGACAGUUGUCAGAAAUCUGCACUUGCAGAAGCAACUAGGGAACUACAAGAAUUUGAAGCAAAGAAUCCACAGUUAACGACUUUAGAGGAAAGACUAAAAAAAGAAGAACUUGAAGCAAGAAUUGAAGUAUUAAAUAAUAUUGAAAAAAAAUAUUCUGAUGUAGGACCUACUUAUGACUGUGUUGUUUUUCAUGAUGGUGAGGUUUGGAGAGCUUGUAUUGACACUUCUGAAGAAGGCAACCUGGAAGCUGGUGUAUGCUUGGGAGAAUAUACAGCGACGAGGGAAUUUGCGCCUAUUAUACCAGAAGAUCAAUUAAAUAUUAGUAUCAAUGUCCACGAUGAUGGAAAUACGUUGGAAAUUGUUAGCUUAUGUUCAAGUCACGGUACUCACGUAGCUUCAAUUGCAGCGGCAAAUUUUCCUGAUAAUCCAGAAUUAAAUGGUAUAGCUCCUGGUGCACAGAUUAUUUCAUUGACUGUUGGAGAUGGUCGCAUUGGCACAAUGGAGACAGGCACUGCGAUAGUACGAGCAAUGAUACAUGUUAUGAAUCACAGAGAAAAAAUACAUGUAAUAAAUAUGAGUUAUGGAGAACAUGCACACUGGUCGAAUACAGGCAGAAUAGGAGAAUUAAUUAAUGAAGUUAUUGAUAAGUAUGGUGUAACAUGGGUGGCAUCUGCUGGUAACCUUGGACCAGCUUUAUGUACUAUUGGAACACCGCCAGACAUCAGUUCUAACAGUAUCAUUAGCGUUGGUGCUUAUGUUUUUCCUGACAUGAUGGUAGCUGAAUAUUCUUUAAGGGAAAAAAUGGCAGGCAUGCCAUACACAUGGUCAUCUCGGGGUCCGAUGAUCGAUGGAGGAACUGGUAUCACUGUAUGUGCUCCAGGAGGAGCUAUAACCAGUGUUCCUAAUUUUACACUAAGAAAAAGUCAGCUCAUGAAUGGUACAAGUAUGGCUAGUCCACAUGUGACUGGUGCUGUCGCUGUACUUAUAUCAGGACUCAUUGCCAAAGGAUGCCCUUAUUCUCCAUACAAUAUAAAAAGAGCUCUUGAAAAUACAGCCUUGUACAUAUCUAACCUAGAUCCUUUUGCACAAGGUUCAGGACUGUUACAAGUUGAACGUGCAUUUGAUUAUCUUAUGGCGUACAAAUACGUUCCUGAAAGGGAUGUAAGAUUUUCGAUUAGCUGUGGUGCAAACAACUCUAAAGGAAUUCAUAUGAGAACCGGUAUCAUAGAUCGACCAAAAGAUUAUGCCAUUACCGUUGAGCCUGUAUUUCUUAAUAGCGAAAAUACUGCCCCGGCACGCAAGAUUGAAUUUAAUUUGAAAUUGACGUUAGUGUGUGACGCGCAUUGGGUUCAGUUCCCAACGCACUUGGAUUUAAUGCAUAUGGCUCGUGCAUUCGCUGUACGAGUUGAUGCUACUAAUUUACCAGAAGGUGUUCAUGCAACUAGUGUCAGAGCUUAUGAUGUAACAGAUAUUGGAAAAGGACCAGUGUUCCAAAUACCAAUUACCGUAGUGCAACCACAAACACUGCCAAAAACCGCAAUCCUUCCAGAUUUAAUGUUUACGAAAGUUUUAUUUAAACCCAAUACAAUUCACCGACAUUUCAUUCUUGUCCCAGAGGAUGCGACAUGGGCAGUUAUUAGAUUGAGAAGCACAGAAAAGGAAAAAAUUGGAAGAUUUGUGGUUCAUACUAUUCAGUUAAAACCUCGUUUGGCUUGUAAGACUCUCGAAGUUAAUAAAAUGAUUAGUGUUACCUCUCAGUCUGAAACUGUUCAACCACUCUCUGUCCAGGGAGGAUUAAUUUUAGAAGUUGUUAUUGCAAAGUAUUGGGCAAACUUAGGUGAUAUGUUGAUCGACUAUUCUAUAGAAUUUCAUGGUAUCCACAUGAUAGAUGGAAAUCUUACAAUGCAAUCUGGGGAUGGAAUAAAUCGUUUGGAAUUGCGAAGUUCAUUAAGAAAUGAAGAAGUGGUUCCUAGUGUUUCUCUCAAAUCUUCUGUGCAAAUUUUGAAACCCACUGACGCAAAGAUUGCUCCUUUACGGAAACGAGAUAUUAUUCCUCCAUCACGACAGAUUUAUGAAUUGCAAUUAACAUACACGUUCCACUCUGCAAAAGCAACCGAAGUAACUCCGAAUGCAGCAUUGCUUAGCGAUGUACUGUAUGAAAGUGAAUAUGAGAGUCAAAUGUGGAUGAUUUACGACAGCAACAAACAACUCGUAUGUUGCGGGGAUGCGUAUCCGUCUAAGUAUACUAUCCAGAAAUUAGAAAAGGGUGAUUACACUUUGAAAAUGCAUGUACGGCAUGAAAAGAGAGACUUACUAGAUAGGUUAACAGAAAUGCCAUUACUUCUAAGUCAAAAGUUGAGUAAUCCAAUUAGUCUGGAUGUGUAUGCCAGCCAAUCCCAAGCCAUUAUUGGUGGCAAAAAAAUGGUAGCAGCUUCAAUUCCACCUGGACAUAUUCUUCCAAUGUAUAUUGCUCCCAUGUCCAAUGAAAUCAAAAUUUCCAAAGGUGCAACAUUCGGUAGUUAUCUGCAAGGUACAUUGACUUUUUGUAAAGACGAGAUCGGAAAGAAAGUGGAUUGCCAUUCAUUUAAAUACGUUUUAUCCGAACCAACCAAAAAGAGUAAUAGUCCUGCUAAUAAACCAGACAAAGAAAAGACUACGAAAUGGGAUGAAUACAAUGAAGCACUUAGAGAUAUGAAAUGCCAUUGGCUUGGAAAGCUGGAACCUGGAGAAUACGCAAAUUUAUUAUAUGGAGAAUUGAAAACUCUCUUUUCGGAUCAUUUACCCGUUCACAUUGCCAUGCUGACUUCUCUGGAUUCCCCUGAAGCUCGACGUUAUGUACCACACGAUGAUCUCUCAGAAAAUGCUGUUUCUCUCGCAAACCAAAUUAUAACUGUCGCCGAUGCUGUGAUUACAAAUAUAGAUCAAGAUAAAUUGUUAGCAUAUUAUGGUUUGAAAAAUGAUCAACGUGCUGAUGCAGCGAAAAUUAAAGCAACUAUGGAGAAACAAAAGAGUAGUUUGAUAGAGGCAUUAGUAAAGAAAGGAUGUGCGUUAGCACGAUUAUACGUACACAACAUGAAGAAAGGAGAAGGAGAUCGUGCGUCAUAUGAACAUUUAUUAGAGAGUGUUGCAAAUCACUGGCAAGAAGUGCAGAAGUUUGCUGAACCAACUGACAGCAAGGUACUCAUGCUUUCACUGUGGCACGCCCAUAUUAAUAAUCAUUGUGGGCGCUACUUGAAAUUACUGAUGCGUUAUUAUGAAGAAAAACCAUUAAAAGAAAUUGACGAAAAAUGUAUAGAAAUUGCAAGGAACUUAGGAUGGGAACAUUUAUCAUGUCAUAUUUCCUCAAGUAUGUCGACACGUUAUCCUACUUCGUACAAAUCAUUUUGACUAACGCAAUGCCGUUUGGGUGUCAUGAAACUGUCUCUGAUGUCUUGAUGAGAUGAGAUUUAAUCAUGGAAUGCAGUUUCCAAUGCAACUCUGCAAUUACAGAGGUGUCUCUGUCGAACCAUUCAGGUGUAUUAUACAUUUAGGAUGAUAUAAUUUUAUUCGUAUUAAAAAAGAAAAAGAAAAAAAGAAGAAAAAGUGACACUAAAAAAAUAUACUAAUUUUCUAACAUAAGAAAAUAAAUCAUAUUCAUAUUCACGUAUAUGAUUUUCUUUAUGAAAACCGUGGAACAGCAAAACAAACACUAUAAGCAAUAACAUGAACUAUGUCUUCAAUUAAUGAAGCCAGUUAUUAAUUGUUAAUCGCCAAGGAAAAGUGCGAUGACAUGUCGUUUACAUGUACUUGCGCAGACAAGACGUUGUUACAUUGCUUUGUCAAAAGUAUCAUUGUUUUAAUACUGCAUUUUUAUGACGUUUACGGUAUGAAAGAAGAAAACAGCGUCAGAGUAUCAUGGAAACUGUUAUUAAUUUAGAAAUUGAAUUUUGUUAAAUAACAAUGUGUUACUCGAAAGCAUUCAUUUCAAUUAACAUAAUGUAUAUCAUCCACACUCAUCUAGGUUUUUCCAUUUUUACAAUAUAUUGAAUGUAAAUAUAUAUAUAUACAUAUA